UAGUUUACCGUGGUUACUCGUCGCGAUCGGUUCGGUCGGAACGUAAGUUUCGCUGUUUAUGGACAGAAGUUUGUUGUUUGUAGGCAGUAUAAUUCCGAUUGUUUUCGGAAGUAUGGAAAUGUAACAGUCGUGUUUACAGUGAUUGUGAAUUUAUCUUUAUUUGAUCGUGAAAAGGUGCGUUUCUACCUGAGUGAAUACAUUUGAAGGAUACCUGGAUUGAGUGUGAAGAGAAAGAAGAAACAUAAUUCUAAGGAGUCAUAUUUCAAAGCAAAAAGUUGCAUUAUGGUCUUGAGUGAUCCAAAGCUGUGCAAACUGCCUUACGUGAUUGCAUAAAAAAUCAAUUGUGUGAAAAAGUGUCAUCUGUUGAAUGGAUAUGGAAAUUUAAGGCCUCCUUGCAUAAUAAAGCCAAGCAGCCUCAAGAAGAAAAAGAAUCAUCAAUAACCCAACAAAAAGUGGUCAAUCGAAGUGUAUCGUGAAAUCCCCGCCGGAGAUUAGCAUGCGAGCAGAAGCCGAAACCGAACAGCCGAACCACGAUGGAGAGGUGUAAAAUUCGAUGUUACACUUUGUGACCACCGUGGAAUGCGGGAAAAAGAGCGUGAAACCGAAUGUAAAUGAGCGCUCCCAAGCGUUAAUGAAUAGCUAAUAUGAAGCCGAUCACAUUCGAAUCGAUCCGGAAUCUACUCAAAACAAAGAAAAAGCAAAAAGACAAAUCUAGCAUCGAUCAGAGCUUUAAACGAAGUGAUUCGUUUAAGCGUAUUAGCAUCCGUAAGAGCUACCUUGAACGUGGCCGGAAACGCAAUGCAGCCGCCGUGUUACGCAGCUCAACAAAGAAUCUGGUCAACAUCAACGAGUUUGAAGAUCAGGCCAAGGUCAUCAAGCAACCGGACAAGCUAGCCAAACCAUCCGGUAGUAAUAAUGAAGCUAGUGGCUCUUCCGGAGCUAAAGAGGAUCCCCCUCGACCAACGCGAGAGCUCACGUUUGAGGAGAAAUUGGAAUCCAAUGACGCGUCGUUGGAUGAGAAGAUCCGAGCCCUCCAGGAAAUCAACGAUCGCUACAUUAGCGAAAACCAGAAUCUCGUUGAGAAAGCGUAUGAGGCUACCAAACAUGUGGAGAAGGUCAAAAUCAAGAAACCGCCAAGGCCUUCGAAGCUCAAAAAGAACCGGGAAGCUGACGUGCAAGCUCCGAAACCCAUUGAUCUCAAAUCGAAGAGCACGGAGUCCAUCAAUUCACUCACCUCAACUGAUACCAUCGAGUCCCAUAGUCGAUCCAAAAACGUUUCCCACGUAAAUAUAAACGCUACGGAUGUUAUACCAGAGGAAGACGAAAGUACAGUUUACUCCUACGAACCAGAAGCUCAAUCAACGAGUAGGAAAGCCGAAGAUACAGAUGACAAAUCCUUCUACAGCAUAAGUACAUUCACGAUCGAAAGCAACACCAUCAACAAUACCAACGCCUCGUCGAAAAAGUCCUUCCGCAGCAGCUUUAGCACAUCGACCAAAACCAAAGAACUUCCCACUUUGGUAACCAUCAAAACCUACUGUGAACCGAACGCUUUCAUGCAGUCCACCACCCACGUCAACGAGCGCUACCUGGAAACCAGCUUCGAUAGCUACCCGGAGGACACGCUCACGCAGGCCGUUUCCAAGUCGGAAAUGAUCCUCACAAAGUCAUCAAGCCUCCAGAAGGCGCAAUCGAACCCAGAGAAGCUCCCGUUGGACGUCAAAACAUCUUCCCUCAAAGACACCCGACCGAAAAUCAACACCCAGACGUUUAAGAUGAUCCGCAGCAAGUCCAGGGAAGGCAUCGUGAUACGAAUUCCAGCGAUCGACAGCGAUCCGGAUCCCAGCGAGAAGAAAAAUCCGGAUAAGGAACCGGACAAUCUCAACCGACAGCUCAGCAAUGACUCCGCGUUGGACCUGAUUGAUGUUGAUAUCAAAGUUGACGAGAAGGACAUGCUGCAUACGGUGGAGUUGAAAAACCAAAAGAAUAAGUACAAGAAAAAGGUCAGGAAAUCCGCGGGGAAAACGGCGACGCUGGACGUUGAAGACUGUCGUAACCAUACGUUUAAGAGUCACGAGAACUUCGAUUUGGAAAAAAGUUCCGCGGCAAAAGAUCGCGCUGAACCCAAGUUCAUCUUCCCAAGUAACUAUUUUGAGGAGGAGAACAACAUCUUCUACGACCAGACGGUGUACGAUGAAACGGAGAAUCCAUCUCCGGAGAAUAGCAUACCGUAUGCGCUGCGUAUCAAAGAGAAUCCUUUUACUAAGAAUAAGGAAUUUUAUUCAAUCAACACUGGUCGAAUAUGGAAGCAGUUGAAUCUAGGCCAAGAGGAAGACCUGUCGAUUCUAUCCGCUGCUCCACGGCUAACUGCUCCUAAGACUAAAAAUGAAUCCUUCAAGUCGAUGUCGUCCAGGGAUUCGGGCUUCAGUUUGACGCUAACGAAACCCAAAAACCUCUUCCGUCGGAAGUCAAAAAAGGCCACGUUGCUGCAACGAAGGAAGCCCAAAUUGGCCGUCAGCCGAGAUGGGUACUUCAAGCGGGUUAUGGUUGUGCAACGGAAUUCCUCCAAACGAAAACGUUCAAUAAGAAAGCCCCGCAUGCCAAGCAAAGAGAUUUUCCGAGAGAUGUACGACGAAAACUGGACCAAGCUGGGGGACGAUUUCGGCGAUCAGCAAGCUCCCGAUUUCGCGCGGGAUUUCGAAAACUUUUGCAACACUCAUCGAUACAAUCAGGAAAUGCACGACUUGGAGGCAUUCUAUGAGGAACAUCUUAAAAGACUGAGACACUACUACAUCCAGAAGAAGAAACUGAACGAGGCUGCGAUCAAGGAGUUCUACAGAGACUACAACGGUGAAGACGGAGAGGAAGAUAACGACUAUUACGAUUCGUUCAUUGCUACGAGGAAUGACACGAUCCGUUUCAAAAGCGACAUGCAGAAGAAGUACUUUCAAGAAAAGGAGCCAGAAACGUCGUUGGAGUUUAUGUUUCCGCAUCCUGACAAACGGAAGGCGAGCCCAGCGUCCGCGAAGCAGAAACCGAAAGGUCGAAAACACCUGUUCCACGAGGUUCGCCCUUUCGGAAGCACUGUGGAACCACUAAACACCCUCGAAACGCGGCUGAAUGGCUCGGAGUCGGGUCAGGAGGUGAAGUUCAUACGUUCAUCGGAUGCAAAUUUCCAGCUGUUGGCGCCGUCGAAAGUGGACAGAACCUUGGACGGAGCGAAGAGUACCGCGAAAGAAGGUCAAGUGCAUGAAAUCUCGCUUGCCAACGUGUUCCCGUCGGUUGAUGGUAAAAUGAAAUCGGAUCUUCCGAAGGAGGGCGAAGAAGAAUGUGACGAUGAUGAUGAAGAGUUCAGUGAGAAUGAGUUCUUGAUCAAUAGCAUAGGUGAAAACGUGUACUGUUUGCGUUGCGAAAAGGUGAACAGUGAUUGCGAAUGUUACGACGAUACGACGGAAACGGCCAAUGACAACAGCAACGACAACGAGGAAGAAGAGGGGGAAUCUGGGGAAGGGGCCUGUGUGGUUUUGGGCGCGGAGGGGGAAGAUGACGAUGAAGACGACGAGAACUACUGCGACGUGUUUGAGUUUGACGAUAUCAAUAUUGUGCACGUGAAUCACAAGAAAAAGGUGAAGAGAAAAAAGUCGAAAAAGCGGGUGCGGAAAAAUCAUUCGACCUUGAGGCGCGGCGGCUACUGGGGUGACAUCACUCAGAAAGGAUACGAGAAGAAGCGAACGAGACUGCUGCAGCCAUAUCUUGCAAAAAAUUCACAACAAGGUGGCGGAGGUGGAAAUGGCGGUGGUGGUGGUGGAAAUAACCCAGGCUAUGUAAAUGACAUCCAGUCGCACCUGCAUCAUCCUUCAUCCCAGCAAAAGCAGAACAUCUUCGCCUCCUCCGGAAGUGGUGGUGGGGGAGGAGGAGGUGGUGGUGGCAGUCGAGAACGCAAUGACCGCUCAAGUGGCGGACAUCACCACUCGCAGCAGCAACAGAUCCAGAACAGAACGAGACGCAGCACCCAGCGGAGGGUUACGCACAACGAGAAGCGAUAUCACUCAGCAGCGGGACGAUCAGAACUUCCACAGCCGGACAAACCGAGUUUUGACCCGCUCCGGCCUUUUGAACAGUACAUCCGGUCACAAUUUGCCGCCCUGGACGCGCCAAACGCAACCGAACAGCUGAGGAAAGACGUGCCAUCGCUAAGCGCUAACUUCAGUAAUCUAGCACUGCAUUCGCCAGCGAUAGUGGCGGCUGCAGCAGCGCUAACCAAAUCACCAUCGACUUCCGUGGCGCCUCCAUCCGAUAACCAUGGGUCAUCUCUGGCGGAAAACCAAGUCAUUAUGCGGCAGAAACACCAUCAGUAUUUACGGUCUCAGCCGCCGCAGCAGGCGGCAACGGCGGCUAGCUCUGUCCAACAGCCGCCGCCGCCUCCACUAGAAACCCAUUUCGAUCGAACAAGUAAUAAUCAAACGUCUGGCAAUAAUAGUAGAAAUAAUAGAAGAAUUGGACGACACGAGAGUCGUUACACCAGUGAAGUACGUCAGGAAGCUGUACAGCAAGCAUUAGCCGCAUUAAAAAAUCGCCCCAAACCUAGCUUACCAAUGCCAUCCAAACGAAGCUCCGUGCUUAAUCGUAGUCCCGAGCGCGAUCGUGAUGACUCAGAUUCCAGCACAGAUGACGAAUCGAUCCCGGAGGAGGGCGUCAUCGGUGGUCGGAUAUCCACACCGGACCGUGACAACUACAACCUUCCACGGGAUCACAUUCUCGGUCGAGAGCCCAUGAAGCUUCCCUCAACACGCGAUCAUCAUCAUUCGAGUCAGCAGAAACAGCAAACGCAACCGGCGCCGAUCGAGCGACGACCUCCGCAGAGCAUACCCACACAAAACACCCAACAUGCCACCCUGUCGGAUACCUCCAGUGCCGGAUCCCCACCGGCUAUGCAUCGAACCUACUACAACCAGAAAAACAGCUACGAUAUUACCGACAUUUCUGAGUACCAGCCUCGAGCCUACGCUGCGCCGGAUAUCACUCAGUUCAGUGCCAAUACAAGACGAGGGGCAGAUCGCGUAACGCGAUAUGUGAACCUCUCUAACCAAGAACCCGGUGACACAGGCACCGCCGGACGAUGGAAAGUCUCGGCCAAAAUACAACAACUUCUGAACACAUUGAAACGACCGAAACGUCGACCGCUGCCGGAAUUCUACGAAGACAAUGACAUCGAGCUGGAGAUCGCAGCCAACCCGAAAGAUCCCAACGCACCAAAACCGGAAGGUAACGUAAUGAGUCCGGUCCAAGGUGAACAGUUGAUUGUCCCGUCGGGACUACCUCGAACGCUAGAAGCCGCCCUCCAACGGUACGGCACCAGCUCGUUCAAGGCACCGAUGGCAACCGUUUUGGACCCCAAUGGAAAAAUGACCACAACUCUGACCUACGGUAAGCUACUGUCUCGAGCGCAGAAAAUCGCCUACGCUCUGUCCACCAAAGUAUUCAGCAAAGGUCCCGAGCAGAUAUCUCUCAAGCCAGGCGACCGGGUCGCUCUGGUUUAUCCCAACAGUGAUCCACUCAGCUUCAUAACUGCGUGGUACGGUUGCAUGUUCCGGGGACUGGUUCCGUUGCCCAUUGAGCUACCUCUGUCGAGUUCCGACUCGCCACCGCAGCAGGUUGGUUUUCUGUUGAGUUCUUGUGGCGUGCAGGUGGCCCUGACUUCGGAAGCGUGUUUGAAGGGAUUGCCAAAGUCGUCGACCGGUGAGGUGGCCAAGCUCAAAGGUUGGCCACGAUUGCACUGGUUCGUCACGGAACAUCUUCCCAAAGUCCCGAAAGACUUCAAUACGAACAACAAUCGCAUAAGUGAGGAUUCAAUCGCUUACAUCGAGUACACUACCGAUAAGGAGGGCAGUGUCAUGGGAGUUACAGUCUCACGCCAAUCCAUGAUCAACCACUGUCGAGCAUUGACGAUGGCAUGCCACUACACGGAAGGCGAAACCAUUGUCUGUGUGCUCGAUUUCAAACGGGAAGUUGGACUGUGGCACAGUAUUCUAACUUCGGUGCUAAAUGGAAUGCACGUGCUGUUCAUACCCUACGCGCUCAUGAAGCUGAAACCUUCGUCAUGGAUGCAGCUCAUCACCAAAUAUCGAGCCUCGUGCUGUCUAGUGAAGAGUCGUGAUUUGCACUGGGGUCUGCUGGCAACCAAGGAUCACAAAGAUAUCUCACUCUCAUCACUUCGCAUGCUGCUCGUUGCAGACGGUGCCAAUCCGUGGUCUCUUUCAAGCUGUGAUCAAUUCCUGAGCGUAUUCCAAUCGAAAGGUCUCCGACCGGAUGCAAUCUGUCCCUGUGCCAGCAGUUCGGAGGUGUUUACCGUUUCCCUACGACGACCGGGUAGAUCCGCUGGUGGAUAUAGCCAAUCAGCUACCGGACGAGGCGUUUUGUCGAUGGCUGCCCUUUCGCAUGGAGUGGUUCGCGUUGACAGCGAGGACUCUCUAACUUCGCUCACCCUGCAAGACUGUGGUCAGGUGAUGCCGAGCGCUACUAUGGUUGUGGUCAAUGCAGAAGGCCCUCCGGUGCUAUGCAAGACAGAUCAGGUUGGAGAGAUUUGCGUAACGUCAGGAUCUACUGGAACUACUUACUAUGGAUUGGACGGCAUGACAAAUGCAACGUUUAAGGUUCAGGCCCUCACGGAACCCCCUCCGGCUAAGGAAGGUGAAGUCCAAGCGCCAGGAAAGCCGAUCAGCGACGAGUUGUACGUAAGAAGUGGAUUGCUGGGCUUCCUUGGUCCCGGUGGUCUGGUGUUCGUGUGUGGUUCCAGAGACGGCCUUAUGACCGUAACUGGACGGAAGCACAACGCCGAUGACAUUAUUGCCACCGUUUUGGCCGUUGAACCAAUGCGGUUCAUCUAUCGCGGCCGAAUCGCCGUCUUCAGCAUAAAAGUUCUACGAGACGAACGGGUCUGUGUCAUUGCGGAACAACGUCCGGACUGCUCGGAGGAAGAGUCAUUCCAGUGGAUGUCGCGCGUUCUGCAGGCGGUCGACUCCAUCCAUCAAGUGGGAAUAUACUGUCUCGCACUCGUUCCCCCGAAUCAUUUGCCAAAAACACCGCUCGGAGGAAUUCAUCUGACCGAAGCUCGCCGAAGGUUCUUGGAAGGAUCGCUGCAUCCGGCCAAUGUGCUGAUGUGUCCACAUACUUGCGUCACGAAUCUGCCCAAACCAAGAGAACUGCACCACGGUUCUAUCCAACAACUUCAAAUUUCCGGCACCACACCGUCGUCGUCCACGUCGAUCAACACCGCCGGAACAGACGCCUCCGUCGGGCCGGCUUCGGUGAUGGUCGGUAAUUUGGUCCAGGGCAACCGGUUGGCUUCGGCACAGGGACGCGACAUCGGACUGGCCGACGAUAACGAACGAAAGCAUCAAUUGAUUACCGGUGUGCUCCGAUGGCGAGCCAACUCGUCGCCCGACCAUGUACUUUACACCUUGCUGAACUCCAAGGGUGCCGUUGCCAAAACCCUCACCUGUUCCGAGCUGCACAAGCGAGCCGAAAAGAUCGCCGCAUUGCUUCAGGAGCGCGGCAAAGUCAACCCGGGCGAUCACGUGGCGUUGAUUUUUCCACCCGGAUUGGAUCUGAUUUGUGCUUUCUACGGGUGCCUGUAUUUGGGUGCGAUUCCAGUCACGAUACGGCCUCCUCAUCCACAGAACCUCAUUACAACCCUACCCACCGUGCGGAUGAUUGUGGAUGUGUCCAAAAGUGGCAUCAUCCUGUCCAUCCAAAGCAUCAUCAAACUGCUCAAAUCUCGUGAAGCUGCCACCUCCAUCGAUCCCAAGAGCUGGCCCGUUAUUUUGGACAUCGAGGAUAACCCCAAACGGAAGCUAGCCGCUAUUGCUAACAGUACGUUGGAUUCGACGGCCUAUCUGGACUUUAGUGUGUCAACUUGCGGACGCCUCAGUGGAGUCAUUAUUACGCAUCGAUCUCUUUCGAGUUUAUGUGCCAGUUUGAAAUUAGCCUGUGAAUUGUAUCCUAGUCGCCACGUGGCCCUCUGUCUCGAUCCGUACUGCGGAUUGGGAUUCUCCAUGUGGACCCUGAUCAGCGUCUACAGUGGCCACCAUUCGAUUCUGAUAGCACCGUACGAGGUCGAAGCAAAUCCCAGCUUAUGGUUGAGUACGCUAUCGCAGUACCGUGUUCGGGAUACCUUCUGUUCGUACGGCGUGAUAGAGCUGUGCACGAAAGCGCUCAGUAAUUCGAUUCAGAUGCUCAAACAACGCAACAUCAAUCUCGGUUGUGUCCGGACGUGUGUGGUAGUCGCCGAAGAACGGCCCCGAGUGCAACUGACGCAGCAAUUCUGCAAGCUGUUCCAAGCACUGGGACUGAACAUGCGUUGCGUGUCGACUUCUUUUGGAUGUCGCGUAAACCCGGCCAUAUGCGUACAGGGAGCGAGCUCGGCGGAAAGCGCUCAAGUGUACGUGGAUCUCCGUGCCCUGCGAAACAACAGGGUAGCCCUGGUCGAACGAGGUGCCCCGAAUUCCCUAUGUUUGGUGGAAUCCGGUAAAUUACUGCCAGGAGUGAAAGUCAUCAUUGCCAACCCGGACAGUAAAGGCCAGUGCGGCGAUUCUCACCUGGGUGAGAUAUGGGUACAAUCACCGCACAACUCGAACGGUUACUUCACCAUCUACGGAGACGAGACAGAUUAUAACGAUCAUUUCAAUGCCAAAUUGGUGACCGGGUGCAGUACUAGCGAGACAUGGGCUCGGACUGGAUAUUUGGGAUUCCUACGGCGUACCGAGUGUUCCCAGGCGGGCUCAAUUCUGGAUGAGACGACACCUAGCAUCGCCAGUCGAGAUUCGGAUAACGAAUCAAUCCAUUCGCAGGGUCACAAUACGCUGAACUCGACUACAAGCUCAAACGCAGCCACCACCACCAUCACCGGAAGUGGCAACGAGCAGGAACUGCACGACGCGGUCUACAUCGUGGGAGCUCUGGACGAAGUCAUCACACUGCGCGGCAUGUACUACCAUCCGAUAGAUAUAGAAAAUUCGGUGCUGCGAUGUCACAAGAAGAUCGCCGAAUGCGCGGUAUUCACGUGGACCAAUCUGCUGGUGGUGGUUGUCGAACUCGACGGCAACGAGUCGGAAGCGCUCGACCUGGUUCCACUGGUGACCAAUACGGUGCUGGAGGAACAUCAGCUGAUUGUUGGCGUGGUUGUUGUCGUUGAUCCAGGUGUCGUCCCGAUCAACAGCAGAGGCGAAAAGCAGCGUAUGCAUCUGCGAGAUGGCUUCCUGGCCGACCAACUGGACCCCAUAUAUGUUGCCUACAAUAUGUAAACGCAUCUACCUACUAAAGGCUGGCCAGCAAACGUGAUUCGUGCCUCUUACUUGUUAGGCUUUUAAAACGUUGCUUCCCCUCGAAUACCCCAGCGGGAAAGCAUAGGCGUCAGGUGAUAUUAACAAACAAAAGAAAAGUUACAAGAAGAAAACCCAACGCACAUCACACACACACAAACAAGUCUAAAAUGAGUCAAAUUUCGAACACGAGAGAAUGUAGAACGCUCAGUUACAUAAUAUGGAUGGUUGGUGGCUCAAUGGAUGCAUUUUUCAUCGAUGCUACUCUAGAUUAGUUACAAACCCCGUAGUCUUUUACGUAAAGUUACUCUGUAAAUAAUUUGUACACAUCUUAAUUUGACAUGAAUGGUUCUACUUGUUCUCGAUCGAUUGAACUUUAGAAUGAGCUUAGUUGAUACAAUUAGAUAUUUGUUACAAACGACAAACUGGGACUUACAUUUCCCAUGUGAAAAGUAAGCUUGCUGGAAAAUAUGGUAGAGAUUGUACAUUUGUUUCUUUUGCACAAAAUUUUAAUCGGCUCUACUUAACGGCAUUUUCAGUAUUCAAAUGUUUUGUUAGCUAUUUUUUUGGAGAAAAAUAAAGCGAAUUGCUUUGGACCCUCUUUCGAUAUGAGGACAAGCAAAAGAUUAUUAUAUUGCUCUGUUGUGUAUUUAACUUCAUAAUCUAGUCUCUUUGAAUUUGUUUUUGUACAUGUUUCAUUGCCACAUAUAGCUUCAGAUGAAACAAAAUAUUAAUUGAUUUUAUUUUGUGAUUUAUUUGUAAAUUAACAUUUUAAUUCUGUGUCCUGGAUCUCUGUUCCUUACAUUCAAAUACUAUCUAAACUCAUCGUUCAUCAUUCCCCCAAAAACCUAUAAAUCAACCUUCCAAAUUUCACCCAAACUCGUCAACCUUUCUGAACACUAAACGCUACGAGCAAAGCACUAGCAAUUGUAGGGAUUUAAAUAGUCGUAUUGUUUAGCGAAGAUAUACAAACUCUUUCAUCUGGUUAUCAUUCAACUGAUAUAAAGUUAAAGGAAAACAAUCCAUUCUUUUGUACAUUUCAAAUAAUGGAACCAUUUAAACUUGAAACGAUAAUUUUAAGGUGGGCUCGAUUCUCGGCCGCAAACUGCUCUGAUAUAAUUAGAAACAAAAAUGUAAAGCUAAUAACAGUAAGACAAGGAAAAGGAAUUAGAAUGAUUAGUUGGUUAUAAACUUCACAAUAAUAUUUCGCGAUUUUUCUCUCUGUACCCUAUAUAUUCAUAAUUAGCAAUCACACACGAAACACAAGUCACGUACGAAGCUAGAGUUACUAAAAUUUACAAACAAUUAGCCAACGAAAAAUGUGAGGAUAUCAGUGAAGAGUGAUGCGAAGCACUAGCAGUCAGUGGGUAUUUACUUAUUGAAUGCGUAAACGACUACUCAUUUUACAGUAGAAUCGUUUACUGUGCUAAAUUGGCAAAUCUGGAACAUAGAUCGCGCACACAAACAAACAAACAAACACCCACACAUACCUAAUAAGAUUCAAGGUUAAUAUGUAUGCAUAGGAUGAACC